AUGAGUGAGAUAGGGGAAAAAGUGGAACUUCAUAUUUACGACUUAAGUAAUGGAAUGGCUUCCCAGUUAUCUCCAAUGCUUUUAGGAAGGACAAUUGAAGCAAUUUAUCACACAGGAGUGUUAGUUUAUGGGUAUGAGUAUUUUUAUGGGGGCGGAAUAGUUUGCGUCAGACCAGAAGAAAUUACCAGGCUGUAUGGAUUAAAGCCAAUUAGAACAUUAACAUUGGGAGCCACAAGAAAAACUCAGAUAGAACUAAAUGGCCACUUGGAAUCAAUUUCCAAUGAAUUCAAUAGCGAAAAGUAUGACCUUUUAAAUCACAACUGUAAUCAUUUUUCAGAUAAUAUAGUUAAGUUUUUGCUAGGUGAAGGUAUUCCCUCUUAUAUUCUAGAUUUGCCAAAUGAGGUUAUGAGAACUCCUUUUGGUUCAAUGAUUCUUCCUAUGCUCCAAAAAGCUCAGAAGAGUCAGGCAAUCCGUUCAGUUGCAAAUGUUUGGAACACAAACGGCAUCAACCCCUCAAACGUGAUAAACAAAACUGCAGAAGAGUUUAGUUAUUUGAGUUCAGGGUCAAGCUCCACAGGAAUUAAUCAUACCAGCAACCACUCUAGAUCAUCAGGAUCUUCAGAAGGAACAUCUGAGCUGUCAAAAAAAUUAAAUAUUGUUUCUAACAAAUACGGUUGGCAGUGCCAACAAGUUUUAGAAACAUUGGAAACGAUACUGUUCAAUAUUAUAAGCAAUCCAAAUGAUUUGAGAUACAGAAGUAUUAAGUCUACAAGCAAUACGCUAAAGAAUGUAUUAAUGAGUAUAGAUGAAGGCCUUGAGUUACUUUUCUUGAUUGGUUUCCGUGAGAAGUAUGUGGAAGAUCAGCUUAGAUAUGAAAUCCAACUAAGCCAACCACUAAGCAGAGAAGAUAAAGAGCAUCUAGAGGUUCAGAUUAGCUUGGUUAGACACACCUUAUACUCUUUAGGGAUGGCGAGAGAGCAAGGAACUCAAAAGUCAACAUAUUCAAAGUCCGAAUCAAAUACUUGUGAAUCUGGAAGUCCGAUCGACUAUGUAAAGCUACUAGCAGACGUCAAAGAAAUGGGAUUCGAGGACAACAAAAAAAUAUUAGAAAUUCUACAUAAGACUAAAGGAGACAUCACCCGCACCGUGUCCAUUCUGCUAGAUGAACAAAACGAAAGUGGCAAAGGAAUCAACACCCAGAAUAUACAGAAAUAA